AUGCGAGGUUUUGCCCAAAAAGUGACAGUGGAGGUACUGGAUCACUUGGAACACCUGGCCUUGGUUGAUUUCCGUGAUUCAGAGGGCGUAGAGCGGCUGCAGAAAGCAAUCCAGUUCGCUGAUCAGCUUCAUGAAGUAAACACCGAUGGGGUAGAACCGAUGGAUUCAGUCCUGGAGGACAGGUGUCUGUAUCUCAGAGAAGAUGAUGUUACAGAAGGCAACUGCACAGAAGAGUUGCUGAAAAAUGCCAGAGAGAAAGUAGAAGAAUACUUUGUAGCUCCACCAGGUAACAUCCCUUUACCAAAGCUAGAAGAACGAGAGACUUUUCUGAAGGGCUCUUAGCAGAAGUCCAGAAACCAAGUGCCAUUUCAGUAUUUUACUUGGGAAAACUUAAGUUUUGUGCAGUCACAGCUGAAAUAGCCUGCCAUGUAUUUUGAUCAGAAGAGCACUUGCAAGAUAAUUUACAGAGGAAGGAAGGUGUAAAAAGUUUAGUAGUACUACUGAAAUAUUCACGCUGGAAGGCAGCAUGACAGAUGACCUUAGUGCUUUUAUUUAGCAAAGUGAAUUUUAUGUUAUUCUUUAAGAUACUGAAUGGCUUAAAGACUUUUUUAACAAAGACCCCGUUAAAAGGUAAUGAUUAAAACCCCCAGACCACUGUGUUUCUCCUCAACAAGUUUGUCAGGAAAACAAGAGGAGUUGGAAGGCUGUAUUUGCCUAUUUCUCAUCUUCAGAUCGACUCUGGCUCUGACCUGCCAGAAGUAACAAAGUCUGAUGUGGAGGAGGAGUCCGUAACAUUGCUGAGUAUCUCUCUGACAUACAGACAGAACUCAGAUUUUCAUUAUGGAAGAAAAGGCACUUUGAGAAGACGAUUCACUCAGAUGUUUUUCUUCUACUGAAUAUUUCCAUUUGAUCUCUGUGCUCCAUGUCUGUAUGGGUUACCUUCUGUUUCCCACUUCAUGUUUUUAUUCUCACAAUACAACUGGAGUUGUACAUAAUUUGAGAAAGUACUUUUCAAGUGCAGAAAUAGCUGCUCUAAAAUAAAAAAUAUUUGCCACAAGUAUUUCUGUCCACCAGCUGUGCACCUAUAGUGGCACCAGCAAUAUUUUCUGGAUUAAACUUUUUCCACUUUGAAAUACUGCAGUUGUUUGCAUAAUUUAAAACAUCUUGUGUGGCUAAGCUUGUUGUAAAUAAAGAAUGUAAUUACUUGUGAA